AUGCAACGACGGCUUAAUGAACGUCUAGAAAAAGAACGUUUAGAGAAUUUACAUCAUGAGCAGGAGCGAUUAGCUAGAGAGAAACAAGAAGCGGAAAUAAAGGAACUUCAGCGUCAGGAGGAGAAGCGACGUGAAAGGGAUCGUGAGCGUGCAGAGCGUGAAUGUGCUAGUCGUAC